AUGUCUAAAGGUGAGGAUGUUAAGAUUUGUAGCUCCUAUGAUGUAACACAACUGCUGUUCAAUCAGGAAUCUCCACCAUUUGAGGAGUUCAGAAAAAGUAUCAGCCAUGAACAGACUCCAAUGCGCAGUAUUAUUUCGCAGUCAAGUUUUAAGGAAUGUAGCUCCUAUUCAGUUUCCCUAUCUGGUGAUAUGGAAAUCCGUACUAUCAGUGAAAUCUGCAGAGACAAGGAGUUACUAGCUGUGAAAUUGGUAACAAAGGGUUGCAACAAAAAGCUGAAACUGAAAGGAAAGUGGCUGUGGUGUAGUACAUGUGACAGGAAUUGGGGCGAUGGAACCUUGAGGUACAGGGUUAAAGUUAGGGUGGUGGACUUGGAUGGGAAUGCUCCUUUCCUUCUAUGGGACAGGGAGUGCCUUGAUCUACUUGGUGUUAGCGCAGAUGAUUUGAAGAAUACCCAUACUAAGGGCCGAAAGGGGCUACCUAAGGAGCUUGAGACUCUGAUUGGAUUGAAUAUGCUAUUUCGAAUUGCUAUUGUAGAAAAGCAUGUACUAGAGCUAAUUCAAGUUAGGGACAGGGAUCUCAGUUCAAAGUUGGAGUUGGAGCUUACAGAUGAGGAUCUAUGGGAUCUAGAGGAAGAUGACCAAGCAAAUGAAGCUGAAAGUCCUCUACAAGUUGUUGCACAGAGGCUGAAUGCAGAGAACAACAUUGAGAAUGGAACAGUCAAGAGAUCCCCGAUUGAUGAAUUUUCCAGCACACAAAGUUCUAAAAAAAGCAAGGAAGCUGUGGUCAAAAUUGAGAAAUAA